AUGGCGGAGGUGGGGGGGGUCUUUUCCUCCUUGGACUGGGAUCUGCAUGGUUUUUCAUCGUCUUUGGGGAACGUGCCCUUAGCUGACUCCCCUGGUUUCCUGAACGAGCGCCUGGGCCAGAUAGAGGGGAAGCUGCAGCGCGGCUCGCCCACAGACUUCGCCCACCUGAAGGGAAUUCUGCGGCGCCGCCAGCUGUACUGCCGCACCGGCUUCCACCUGGAGAUUUUCCCCAACGGCACGGUGCACGGCACCCGCCACGACCACAGCCGCUUUGGCAUCCUGGAGUUUAUCAGCCUGGCUGUGGGGCUGAUCAGCAUUCGAGGAGUGGACUCUGGCCUAUACUUAGGAAUGAAUGAGCGAGGAGAGCUAUAUGGAUCGAAGAAACUCACGCGUGAAUGUGUUUUCCGGGAACAGUUUGAAGAAAACUGGUACAACACCUAUGCCUCCACCUUGUACAAACACUUGGACUCGGAGAGACAGUAUUAUGUGGCCCUGAAUAAAGACGGCUCACCCCGGGAGGGAUACAGGACUAAACGACACCAGAAAUUCACCCACUUUUUACCCAGGCCUGUAGAUCCUUCUAAGUUGCCCUCCAUGUCCAGAGACCUCUUCCACUAUAGGUAACAGACCCUAGUGUGACCUUUGUAACCCAUAUACUCUGGGGCCACAAUUGUCUCUGCAAGUACUAUACUCGUAGCUUUUCAAUCCUCUUUCCUAUCAAUUUAGAUAGCAGAGAAGCACUUACUGUUCAACUCAACCCAGCUGUUCCCUUGUUCAAAGUGUAUAUCAAGGUUGGGUUAUUUUGGGGAGGGAUGUGGGGGGAGGGGUGGCUAGAGGGAAUCUUGUAUAUACUUUUUUCUUUACUCAUGUUCUUUUCCCUGAGGUGGUACAAAAAAGAAUGGGGGCCCCUGCCAAAGGCCAAGGGUGUCUUGCCCCACAAUCUGCCCAAAUACCUUGACAAUGGGUAAAUGAAAGACCAAAAAAUCUGCCAUAGAUGCUACCUACAGAGCUCUGGAAAACUCUCAUUCAGAAAAUCCUCAGGGCUACAGCCCUGCUGCAAGCCAUCCCUGCAUUGGCUCUGCAGAUUUCUCAUCUGUUCUGACAUGCAGUUUUCCUGGCAUUGGAAGUGGGAGAUGGGGUAGGUUGUAAGAAAAUGGUAUUAAAAUGUAAGCAUGGAUACUGUGCAUAAAGACAAACUAUUUAUGAAA